GCUUGGGCUGUCUGCGGCGACAAAACAGUCCCACUUCGCUGGCUCUCGUCUCGUAAACAAUACAUUUCCUCUCCCGCUCCUUGUGGCACCCGUCCUUCCCCCAUCUAAUCCCUCCCUCUUUCCUGUCCCGAACAAAAAUCAUCACCGUUUUCCUUCACACAUUUCAGCGGUAUAAUCGCAGCACACAAAAACCCCCAUAGAAAACUAUGGCGGACCAAGGCUCCACCGUCCCCACAGUGGACGAGUCCUCUACGAGCGACGUUGUUGAUAAGGGAAAGGGCAAGUCGGCCGCUCCGCCAGAGGAUGACAGCAUGAUGGACGAAGAGGAAGACGACGACGAGGAAGACUCUGAACCUGAGCACGGAGACGACGACGACGAGGAGGAAGAUGACGAGAUGGAGGCCAUCGACAUGGACAACAUAGUGUCCGGCGGCCGCCGUACGCGCGGCAAGAUCAUUGACUUCGCCAAAGCCGCCGAGGAGAACAAGGACGAGCUUGAUGACGACGACGAGGAGGACGAUGAGGACUUCGAGGUGCCGGACGAGGAGAUGGAGGACUGAGUGCGAGGAAAUUGCACCUGGCUGGCUGGCUGCCUGCAGUAACACCCGCAAACGCCACCAUUUCGACCGCUCGGUCUACCCACUCGUCUUUCCCAUCCGUCGCUUGAUGAUGGGCUCAGCGACGCGAGACAUCUUCAAUGGCAGUUAGGACGAACAUCAAAUUGAGGCACGAAGCACGAAGAGCAGCAAGCGCGCAUCUUUUGUCUAGAUUUUGCGGGAUAGCAGCGAUGAAGCGCCACGAAACCGUAGCAUAGCAAUGAAUUCGACUGCGCCAACGCUUUAACACUCACAACCACUCUCUCACUUGCUCACUCAAGCAACUCAAACCCAAAUUCCACGUUUUUC